GCACCAAUUUCGGAGCCCAAAAUCAAUCUGCACCGUCCUUUUCAUAAUCCAACAGCCGCGAUUCGUCGGUCAAGUGGUUACCCCAGUUUCUCUUCUAUUCAUAAACCCUAGCCCCCACGAUUGAUCCUCCACUCUCCGCCCCCCAUCUCUCUCUCUUAUUCUUCUCUGCAACAACAAGAACUACGUGACACCCAUAACUCUUCCCGAUCUUGGAUCUCUAGAGAGAGAGAGACCCGAAAUCUUCUCUCUUCGUAAAGAGAACCUAUGUUUAGUUUUUUUUUAGGAUUCGUUUCCUCUUUAUCCAGUCUCUGUGUAAAAAACCGUUGAUUUAUUCUGUUUAAUGUAAUUUAUCUUUAUUUUCAUGGGUUCUUCGUUCUAAAUUUUGAAUCUGAGUCGAUCUGUGUACGAUCCACUUUUUUUUUUUUUUUUGGCGAAGGAUGUCGUGUUUGUCUGAGUGCACGCUGUUUUGAGUCUGAUCCGAGUCGAAACUGAGUCGGUCCGAGUGUACCGUUCAACUCCACUGAGUCGGUGGCCUUGUUUCUUCGUUGAGAAGUAUGUUGGGCGGGUUAGCUUUUCAUUUCGUGUCACUUGGAUUAUGAGACCAUAUGGUAGUGGGAACGAGUCAAGUCGAAAACUCAGUGAGUUGGUGUCCGAGUCAAGUAAGCGUAGUGUUUCGAGGGGAACAUUUGAUCAGCGAUUACGUUCGACGAAGAACAGCAAGCCAAUGCCUUCAGUUGGUAUGCGGCGGAGCACAAGGGUGUUUGGGAUGGCGAAGGGGGUGGACAGUGCCCUUGUGUUGCGGUCAGGGCGCCGCCUCUUCCCGGAAUCUGGUGAGAGCAGAGGCAGGAGAGUCAACGAUGGGGAUGAUUGGUGCCAUCCUGUCAAGAAUAAGAACAACAGUAUUAAGAACAUCAACGAUGGCAAGAGUAGCACCACCAUCAACAACAAGAGGACACAGAAUGGAUGGGUCCGUGAAGUUGAAGUGAAUCCAGACGUUAUCAAUCUCGAUGGUGCUGAAAGUGAAGUGUCCACACAAGUUAAACUGGAGAAUUCGAAAGAUAGAAAGAGGUAUGGGCUUGUUUACAGUAGGAAAAGGAAGGAAAGGGAUGUGCAGUGUCAUGGAAGUUCUGGUGAUCUGGAGAAUAGGAAGAAGAGGAUGCGUCUGUAUCAUCGUAGGCAACGGAAGAAGAAGAAUGAUAGGAGGAGUGUUGUGGGUAUGGAGCGAGAGGGGGAGGAUGGGAUUCCUUGCAUGCUUGUUGUCGUUUUCGAGAGUACUUAUAGUGGACAUUCUAGUUGGUUUUCUUGCUUUCUGCAGUUUGUUUUAAGUUACAUGAAGAGGGCUAUUGUGAGGUUGUCCCAGCUUACUGCAUUUCUAUCAUCGGAGCCGGUUUGCAAUGCUUAUGCUUCUCAGGGCAUCCGUUUUUUGCAGGACCCUCCUCUUCAUGGCAAAGGAGUUUGCAAGUUUUUUGCAGCCAGGCAGUGUGUACCGUUGUUUUCUGUUAAUUUUUCUGCCGUUCCAGAGUAUUUUACAUACAUGCAUCUAAUUGUGCGUUUUAGAAUUAGUUUUUGGUUAUUUAGACUUGUAAAUAAUGCAAUGAGCCAAAUGGAUGAGGAUGCAACUGAUGGAUUAAUGUCUGACAAUGAAGAACCAAAUGUGUGCAUCCCUUCAGACUGUAUUUCGUCUGAAAAUAGGCCGAGACUUCAUGGAGUUGAUAGUUUUGCUUACAGGCCAACAUUACAUUCUCCUGUUAGUGGCCGGAUUUCUCAGACUCGAAAUGGAAUAAAUUCUAGGGGUAUACAGAAAAGGAGGAGUUCCUUGAGGAGGAGGAAAGCUAGAAAUCUUUCACCCAUCUUCAUGCACAAAGCCAAUGGAGCUUUAGUUUCUGAUCUCAUCUGUAGUAGGAAAAAUGGCAUUCCUUUCUCGUCUGUGGUGUCUAAGAAUAAGAUUAGGACUUCAAUUCAGCAUGCAUCUGCUACGUCUGUGGUGUCUAAGAAUAAGAUAAGGACUUCAAUUCAGCAAGCAUCUGCUCCUAAUCUUAGAGAAUUGAGGACUACCGUGGUUGGAUUACCAGUAAAUACUGGGUUGUCCACUUGCUCUGCGAACUUAUUAAUCAUUGAAUCAGACAGAUGUUACCGGGAAGCUGGAGCCAUAGUUAUAUUAGAAAUAUCCGAUUCAAGAGAGUGGUCGCUUGUGAUCAAGAGAGAUGGAUCAACAAGAUUUACUCACAAAGCAGAGAAAGUGAUGAGGCCAUGCUCAUGCAACCGCUUUACGAAUGCUAUUAUAUGGUCUGGGGAUGAUAAUUGGAAGUUGGAGUUUCCUGACCGGCAGGAAUGGUUCAUUUUCAAGGAUCUUUACAAGGAUUGUUCUGAUCGGAAUGUAGCCGUUUCUGUUGUUAAGCCCAUCCCUGUUCCUGGAGUACAUGAAGUGCCAGGCUAUGAAACUAGCAACAGAGCUCCAUUUCGCAGACCAGUUUACUACAUUUCUGUUAAAGACAAUGAGGUUGCAAGAGCUAUGGCAAAGAGUUUUGCAAAUUAUGACAUGGAUUCUGAAGAUGAGGAAUGGCUGAGGAAAUUCAAUAAUGAAUCUGCCAAAGAUGAAGUUGAUGAGCAGGUUUCUGAGGAUAAGUUUGAGUUAAUGGUUGAUGCCUUUGAGAAAGCCUGUUACCACGGUCCAGUUGGUCUUACAGAUGAUAAAGCCUACAUUGAUUUAUGUUUGGAUCUUGGCUCGAAGGAAGUAGUUGAAGCUGUGUAUGAUUAUUGGAUGAAAAAACGGAAGCAAAGGCGGUCACCACUGCUUAGGGUUUUCCAGGUUCAUCAAGUGAAGAAAGGUUCACUGGUUUCCAAGCCGCCUCUACGCAAAAAAAGAUCAUUUAAAAGACAGGCAAGUCAGCUUGGAAGGGCCAAACAACCAAUUUUCUUGCCAGCUAUAGCUGAGCGGGAUGCUUUGGAAGACAAAAAUGAUUUGCUUAAAAUAGAGGAAGCUAAGAUCACAGCAAACAGAUCUGUGGAAUCGGCUGUUCUGAAAAGGAAGAGAGCUCAGCUUUAUAUGGAGAAUGCUGAUUUGGCAAUUUACAGAGCUGUUAAGGCUCUUAGAAUUGCGGAAGCUGCAAAAUUAGGUGGAUUACCUGAUGGUGAUGCUGCGGUGGCUGACUUUUGGGAUUUUGAUUCGGGAAGGACCAGAGCCUCGGUUUUUUUGUUAGAGCCUGUUGAGGACAAGCUUUGAAGAAAAUAUUGUAUUCUUGUAUAGAUAUUUAGUCGAAGGAAAAUUCUGUGUUAUUAAACCACAGUAACUGUUUUUUUAUUUUUUCUUGAAAAUUAACAGGAAAAGUACAGAUAAAUUUUUGCUCAUGUUGGAGGUGCAUGUUGAGCAGGUGUAAAUAUUAGUUUAGUCUAGAGAAUUUAACUCCCUUUCCAAAUAGAAUUUGGGCAUGCGUGGAUCUAUGAAUUGCUUCA